UUGUAAGCCGUUACACUGACAGACACCAUCACCAUCAAAACAGUAAGUCACACAGGACUCGCACGUAUAUUGAAGUCAAUUUCCCAAAAAUACUAAAGGGGAGAUCAGGAAGACUGUUAAGAUUGUCUUCUACGUUCUAUUGAAUUCAAAGGAUUAUACUCUAGAAAGAACUGACUUUCUACGAAGACAGAAAUCAUGGCAACCUCUGUUGUAGAACUCCAACAGUUGAGCAACCAGGAGACCAUCCACAUGCGCUUGCAGGCUCCUGGCAGAGCAACAUCUCCUCCAAAACCGUUUAAGAAAGGAAAAAUCAAGCUCGACCCAUUGCGGGCUUUGGAACCCGCACGAAAGAAGUUGACAACAGUUGAAGCACAACGUGUUAUGGCCGUUCUAGAAGAUACAAGGAAGCGCAUUGAACUAGUUUCAUAUUUACCUUUCAUAAUCGACGAUUUAGAUAGAUUCAGUGUCAUGUUUGGAUCCGACCUAUUAGAGCUUUUUCGAACCCACAAAGCAACACAGGAAUCAUAUAAUGAACUAAGAGCCAGCCUCGGUGACCUACUGGACAGAAAAGAAAGGGCUGAUAGCCCUGCAGGGUCACAGAGGCGAGGUAGUGCAGCCAGUGUGAGGAGCAACGCCUCGGUCACCAGUGUUGAUGACAAAAUUGAUUCCUCUACAAGACACUUGCAGUUGGUUGAAAAACAGCUGCGGCAUUCAGUUAAGAACAUUCUUAGGUCGCUUGCCACAAAUCCAGGGGCAGCCCGUGCAAUCCAAGAGUUAAAGGUUGAGAGACCACAACAUGUUUCCACAAUGAUGCAAGCUCUGUCUGAAUUAAGAGACAUUAUCAUGGAAAAACUGCUCACAACUCCAGUUGAAGAGCAGGAAAAGAAACAGUAUCUUACACAAGUGACACACCAAGAAAGGCAGAACGCAGUGCUGAUUGAGCAGUUGGAAGGAGAAUUGAAUGUUGCUCUGGAAGAUAAAGAUGCAGAGGUAAAAAAGAAGAAUGAUGUCAUAAGAAGACUGCAAGCAGAUCUGCAUCAAAUUGAAAAGUUUUCUGAUGAACACAUAAAGAGAACAAAAUCUGAGGCAGAAAAACAGGAAUCUGCAGAUCAGAAGAACAGUGAAGGAAAGCAGGCUAAGCUUCAGCAAGAGGUCAGCACACUGCGGACACAGCUGCAGAACCUCAUAUCAGAGCACAAAGAAAGUGAACAGAAUUUGAGAGGGAAAAAAUUCAAACUUGAAACUGAAGUGGAAAACUGGAUCCAAAGAUAUGAUACAGACAUGGGAGACAGACAGUCCCAGUUCGAAGAGAUGGAUACCAGAUACACAGAGGAAAAGAAGCAGUUGCACGAGCUGGAAGAGAGGUUCACAACUCUAGAAACAGAAUACAAACAGAUCCAGGAAGAGCGCAGAAUUGCACGUGAAAAACGAGAAGCAGCAGAACGUGAAAUGCAAAUGAUGAUCAAGGGGGCCACAACCAUUCAAGCAUUCUGGAGGUCAUACAAAGUACGAAAAGCCCUCAAGUCCAAGAAGAAGGGAAAAGGAAAGGGAAAGAAAGGAAAGAAAUAAUAACUUUGCCAUUGUACUCCUAGUCUUUUUAUUCCUGAAAAUACCUGAAGACUCAUUGCUUCCAGUGUUUGUAAUUUUGACAGAUAUAGGGUUGAUUAUUUACAAUACAAUGUACAUAAGGAGUGUUUACCUUUGAUGAAUGUAUGGACAUUCAUUAAAGUGGCAUCAACUUAUACAAGUAUUAAACAAAGCCACUGUGCUGUAAAUUAUGUAUUAUAUAUAAAGAAAAAAUGAUUACAUUGGAAACACAGAUAACAUGUAAUUAAUAAAAUGAAGAAUGCUGUCUAAAAUUUUUUAUUAAUAAAAAUUGUAAUUUUGACCAAAAAUAUGCUUUGGUUUUGGUUUACAUAAUUUAAAAUUAUGAUAAAAUGCUUACUGUUGAAACAACAAUAAACAACUACAAAUCAUAAAAUCAAAUAAAUAAAUUAACAAAAAACUCUUGGGUCAGAGAGGUGACACAUCUUCUGGUAUGUACCAUCAGCUAGGGUAGGCACAUUGAAAGGGAUAAUAAAUGGAGUUAUAAUUUUGACAUGUAAUGACUGACACAAAUCUGUGGAAAUGCAUCAGCUGACCCC